CAGUGAUCCAAAAAUUGUAGAAAACGAAGGGCUUUGUUUCAAGGAAGAAAAACUACUAAAUGAAUGGACACUCUCCGUCAUGAAACCUAUUGUCAACAUGCAUUAAUGUAAAUGAUAUGUGAAUGGAUUUUAUUUUAAAUAUUUGUUCAUUUAGUUAGUUUUUUUUUAGGCAUUAUUACCAGGGAUGGAAAAUCCUUUAGCCCCCCUCCCUUUUGGAAAUUCUGGUCAUGUCCCUACAGUGGAGUUUGAAAGAGGAGCGGAAAAUAGUUGCAAGAGCUGUAGCAGCGGCCAACUUGGCUGCUGCUGUGGACGACGGCCCGCAAGACUUUGCUGCAAUUCUUUGCCACCGAUCCCAGAAUCACUAUCCACAUGUAUGAUGUACAUUUUGUUUUUGUUCGUGGGAUUCAUCCUCAUGAAUUUAUUGCUCGUGCCAAGCGUUCAAGAUGCGGUCGUGAAUGCGUUUCCGUCGGUUCGGAAUGAAUCGAUGUGCCGGAAGGUGUUGAACAACCAGUGCGCACAUGUUGUUUGUGUCCUGGUGAUUUACAGGAUUUGUUUGUCACUGUCUUCAUUUCACUUCAUACUGGCCAUUCUGACCUUCAUGGUGGCCAACAGUGCAAGCUGGAGAGGCGGGAUGCAUAACGGAAUGUGGGGCCUGAAAAUCCUUGCAAUAUUCGUAAUUUUUAUGCUCACCUUUUUGAUUCCGACCUAUAAUGACGACGAAGAUGGAUCGCAAACCAUUUUUAUUUUUAUUAUUGCUGCGUUUUUCGCAUCGUUGCUGUUUCAACUUAUCCAGAUGGUUAUCGUCAUUGCAACGAUUCGUGAAAUGUGUUAUAAAGUGAUGAACAAACUAUCUUCGAAAGCGAAAGAAGACUGCGUAUAUUGCUGUAAGUGUGUUUGUUUUUUCGUCAUGUAGCAGGGAAAUUA